AUGGCUCUUUACUUCCUUUAUCCCGCCGUGGCCGCCAUCGCCCUGUUUAUCGUGGGCGUAAUCAUUAUCAUGCUGCGCUACGGACCGCGUUUGUGCGGCCUGCGCCACCAUGCUCUCCCGGACGACGACGAUCUAAGGGGCAAGACGUACGAGCACGAGAUUAGCUAUGCUUAAUCUCUUUUUAAGGGGUGUCCCAGGAAUUUCUUCCCACCAUAAGAAGCCCAAAAACCACUUUAAAACGCCGUAAAUAUUUUUAGAACAAUCGCUAAUAUUCUUCUUUUCAAAGUCUGAGUUACAACGAAAUCAGCAAAUCUUUAACAUUUUUCAACCGUCCUAAAUAUGAUUAGACUUCUUGGGCACCCCACCUUAUUAUUUACUUCUUACACAUGCCGGCAAUGUUACGAAUUGCUUCUUAUAUAUCUCCCUGAAACUAAUCCUAGCUGCUGUAAGACCCCACUAACCUUUCUGCACCCAACAAUCAUUAUUAUUUUGCAUGCAGUACAAAUAGCUUCAUUAGCAACUAGUUUUGUUCAAGCCGUUCCCAUUCCAUGAAUCACAAUCAGACAAUGUGCCUUCAAUGUAGAGACUCGUGAGUAAAUUAUACCGUCCAAGUGUCUUUUAGUGCCGUAAGAUCGAACUGUAUUAAAAUGUAUUGGUUUAUACCCUUUUUGGGUAGUCUACAGAUGCUGCAUUUAAUGUCGUCCACUAUUAUAUUUUUAUAAAACAUAUCAGUGUCUUGUAUGUACAACAGUUAAUGCAAACUCUUUACAUUUGUAUUCGUCAAAAUAGUACCCUAAUUUUGUAUUCUGAAAUUUCAUCAAUAAAUCUUCAAGUUACGGCCCAGAAAAUUAAAAAAAAAAAAGA